CUAAACUAUAGUUUAUCGAUGCCUAGCGCGCAUUUUCGCAAAUCGCAAAAAACACAAUUAACUUGAAAGUUAAUAGACAAUGGAGGAGGAUAAUUAUGCAUACUGCACACAGAUGCUUAAGGAGCCACUACAACUUGAAAAACUCGUUGGCCCUGGAUCGCUAUUUGAGGUGGAACAGUCGCCAUUUAGUGGCGGCGAUGAUGAUUUUAAAGUCAACGAAAUGGAUGAUAGUGAAAACUGUUCAGAUGUCGAUGAAGAGGAGCUCGCUUCUCCGUGGACCCAAUCUUUCGAAGAACUCAAGAAAUUGAUGGUGCCAAUCAAUGCGAAUAUUUUUAAACGCGUCAUACGUGAGGGGCAACAGGACCGUGGCCAGGUACCAGACAAGGCACGAGUUGCUGUGAGGUACAGUGGCUAUUGGGAGGGCGAGAGUUCUCCAUUUGAUUCCUCGCUAAUGCGCCACAGUAAAUUUUAUUUUGAGACCGGUGCGGGCUGUGAUGUGCUGGAAGGUCUCAAGGCCGCUGUACUUACCAUGCGUCCAUAUGAGAUGGCCGAAUUCAUUAUAUCAUAUAAGUUGCUAUUCCACGAAAUGGGCUGCCCGCCGCGAAUUAAACCUCGUGCAGAUGGACUUUUCAAAAUCGAAGUUCUUCACUUUACGUUGAUCGGGGACUCGGAUGCCUUCGUGGCAAUGUCCGCUGCAGAUCGGGACAAGUUUGCAGUAGUUUACCCCAAGGCAUUAGACAUGUACAUGCAUGGAAAGGACUGUGUGAAGCAAUAUCGCUACCGCAACGCCGUCACUGCCUUUGAGAGGGCCGUAAGCUCACUGAACUAUUGCCGUCUGGCCAAUGAUGAGGAAGACCGCAAGCAAGUCGAUCUCUUGAUCACCCUUAAUCAAAACUUAAUGAUUUGUUACAAUAAAUUGCAACAUCCAAAACGCGUGUGCAUCGCAAUGAAAGCGUUGCGAAGUCUCACUGAAAAUAAGCCUUCCUGUAAGGCACUCUACCAGGAGGGGUGCGCCCUGUCCGCUUUAGGCGAAUACGAGAGUGCUCGUGGUAUUUUUAUGCAGGCUCAGGCCAAGCAGCCCGAUAACAAGGAGAUCAACGUUAAGAUUACCGACCUGGAUAAAAUAAUAAAAAAAUACAAAGAGGAAACUCAAGAAAUUUGGACUCGAGCAUUGUCAGCCCAGAAGUAUAAACAUCUGAAGGAAGGAACCAAAUGUAAUCCCAGUCUUGAAAAACUUUUGAUGGCGUUUGGGAAUUCCGAAAAGACGUCGGUGGGGCUUUUGCGGGGUGUUUAUAUGAACUCCGACAUCGAAAUGUUAUCCAAAAUGGCCAAGGAGCACAAAAUGAAACUAUCAGUGUCCCCCAUUAACGAGAAUGCUUUGACUUUGUCCAAGCUGAAUCUGAGAUGAGUUUCUUAUUGAAAGAUUAAUGAAGGUUGCCCACUCUAAUUUAUAUUUUCCAAAGAAGUCAACAGACUAUAUCAUUAGUAUAUUUAUUACUUACUGAAGAAUAGGAAAACUGAAAUGUGUUUUAUAAAUGUGUAUA